ACGCAAUUAUUCACUUGUUCUUCCCAUACUCUUAGAAAAUAAUUCAAUCAUCUCGAAGUCAGAAUAAUUGCAUUCAGUCGUUUGAAAUGUUGCUCAAUCGUUUAGUCAAUCAAGGUAGGGUAUUUGCCUCCCCGUCCGUACGUCAGCUCUUUCGCCGACAACAUGAAAAUGUCACCCUGCGUUCGUUUUUGACAUUUACCUUACAACCGGCAGCUGUCAAACGACACAUUUUGGUGCCUGAACUGGAAAAUUCUUUCGCAAAACAUUCGAUACGCAAAUAUUCAUCGGCAAAAUUAGCAAUGGAGGAACAUUGUGUGGUCCCUGAUGUUAUUUCGUGCGUUCCACAAGAAGUGGUAACGGUUUGUUAUCCAAGUGGUUCGUCUGUAGAACAAGGAAAUGUUCUCACGCCAACUUUGGUAAAGGAUCAACCCACCGUCACUUGGAAGGCCGAUCCUAAUGCAUUAUAUACAUUGUGCAUGACAGAUCCAGAUGCACCUAGCCGUGCCGAUCCUAAAUAUCGUGAAUGGCAUCAUUGGUUGGUAGGCAACAUUCCUGGAUGUGAUGUUUCCAAAGGAGAGGUCUUAUCAGCUUAUAUUGGUUCGGGUCCACCACAAGGAACUGGUUUGCAUCGUUAUGUUUUCUUGGUUUACAAACAAAGUUGCAAGUUGACAUUUGAUGAGAAACGUUUACCAAACAACAGUGGCGAUGACCGCGGGGGUUUCAAGAUUGCUGCAUUUGCCAAAAAGUAUAAUCUUGGUGAUCCUGUUGCUGGCAACUUCUAUCAAGCUGAGUUUGAUGAUUAUGUACCCAUUUUAUACAAGCAAUUGGGCGCAUAAGCUGGACUAUAAUAUAUAUAUUUAAUAUAUGUAUUUGAAAACACGAAGUGAUUUGUCAGAAGACACUAAAUUGAAUUAAACUUAUAAUAAAUAUGGAAUUAAUAAAAUUUA